GAUGUUUGUUGAGCUUCAAGUAUCUGAUGUCUAGAAAAAUCUAAGGUCCAGUUCCUAUUGUUCUUCGGAUGUGUGCAGUAGCACAGUUUGAAUACCCCUCAGAGUCUAGAACCGUGGCAUUAGCUGUGCUUGUGGAAAAUGCUAGGUUUUGAACGUGACAAAUGGAGCUAGCGGAUCGAGCAGUCGGGCUUCUAUUAUCUUCAAUCAGCUUAUCCAUAUUCACCUACUAUACUUUCUGGGUCAUCAUCCUGCCAUUUGUAGAUAGUGAUCACUUCAUCCACAAGUACUUCUUGCCUCAAGACUAUGCGAUUCUCGUACCUGUCUUCGCUGGCGUAACUCUCUUCUCUCUUCUUUGCGUAUUCAUUGGCAUGGUCAUGCUCAAAUCCAAAAAGAAGAAGGCUUGAUUUGGUUUUUCAUUGCUUCAGCUGUUCUGCACACUUUGUUUUGGACUUUUUGGUCUUUUGAGAGUUUUAGGCCUCUGCCUGAACUUUAGUUGGUGUAGUUGAACCGUACGAGACUAUUGUCUUAAAGUUGAGUACCCAAGGACAUAUUAUUAACUAAAUAAAGUGUUUUGUUUGGGGA